AGGCGAUUAACUGACUCCGUCCAUCCCGGAGGAGGAGAACUGCUCUCCUGGAUCUCUGACCACUUCUCCACCWCCUCCUCCUCCUCAGUAGAAGUGCUGUUCAUGUGGAGGAAACAGCUAUGUGAGAGUAGCUGGUAUGUACCGACAAUUAUUGUAAAUGGCUCCUGUCGAAAGGAAACUAUAUCAGCGUUUGCUGCUUUUUACUCUCCUGCUGCCAAUCACAGGUGUUUUCAGCUUUAGCGAGUUAUUCUUCGUCAAGGAGCCCCAUGAUGUCAYCGUCAUGCGUAAAGAAGCGGUUAUUUUGGACUGCCAGGCGCGUGGAGAGGCACCCAUCGACGUCCGGUGGCUCAGGAACGGAGCGAAGGUAGCAGAGAAUGAACGGGUGUACCUGCUCUCCAACGGCUCGCUUUUUAUUUCCGAGGUGGAGAGCAGGAAAGGAGACAAAUCAGACGAAGGGUGCUACCAGUGCCUUGCCCAGAACAAGUAUGGAACAAUCUUGAGCCAGAAAGCCCGUCUUACAAUCGCAAGUAUGUCGUCUUUUGCACUCCAGCCGACAUCCAUAGUGGUGACUGAAGGCUCAGUUGCCAGGUUUUCCUGUAAAAUCACUGCACAUCCUCCUCCUAUCAUUACAUGGGAGUUUAACCGAGUCACGUUGCCCCUCUCCACUGAAAGAAUCACAGUCCUGCCCAGUGGUGUUCUUCAGAUCCACGGGGUGCAGCGAGGGGACGCUGGACACUACCGCUGCAUCGCCACCAACAUUGCCAGUCGCAGAAGAAGCACAGAGGCCACACUCACCGUCACCCCAACCCCAGGUCCCCAGCUCCCCCAGAGACCUCGAAUCAUCGCUGGACCGCAGAACGUCUCCGUGUCCCUGCACCAGACCGCCAUCUUGGAAUGUCUGGCCACAGGCAAUCCCCGGCCCCUCGUCUCUUGGAGCAGAGCAGACACCAAGUCUAUCGAUGUGUACAACACCAAAGUGCUGGGGAAUGGAAACCUCAUCAUCACAGACAUCAAGCCCCAGCAUGGAGGAGUCUACAUGUGCAGAGCCACCACACCCGGCACUCGAAACUACACCGUGGCUUCAGCCAACGUCACUGUGCUAGCGCCGCCUUCCUUAGUGGAGUGGCCCGAGAGCUUGACGCGUCCACGUGCCGGCACCGCCCGUUUUGUUUGCCACGCUGAGGGAUUUCCAGCGCCUCAGAUUACAUGGUUCAAGAAUGGAGAGAAAGUUCACUCCAAUGGUCGGAUCAAGAUGUACCACAGCAAAUUAGUCAUCAACCAGAUCAUCCUUGAAGAUGAUGCCAUUUAUCAGUGCCAGGCUGAAAACGAGCUGGGAUCGGUCCUGUCCAUGGCGAGGCUCAUCGUGGUGAUGUCAGAGGACCGACCGAGCGCGCCCAGAAAUAUCCAAGCCGACACGGUGUCGAGCUCCGCCAUCCUCCUGGCCUGGGAACGACCUCAGUAUAACGCAGAUAAAGUUAUCGCUUACUCUGUGCACUACAUGAAAGCUGAAGGAUUGAACAAUGAGGAGUAUCAAGUUGUUAUUGGAAACGAUACGACUCGCUAUAUUAUUGAUGAUCUGGAGCCGGCUCGUAACUACACCUUCUACGUGGUGGCCUACAUGCCAAUGGGAGCCAGUCGCAUGUCGGAUCACRUCUUUCAGCACACACUAGAGGACGUUCCCCUCCGGGCCCCGGAGCUCAGCCUUACAAGCCGCAGCCCCACAGACAUCCAGGUGUCUUGGCAGCCUCUUCCAUUGAAACUAAGCCGUGGCCGAGUUUCCAGCUACCGUUUGUCCUAUCGCACCAGUUCAGAGAGUGCAGUAACACAAAUAGAGUUGCCAGGAGAGAAGACCAAGCAUCUGCUGGAAAACCUGCAGCCCGACACCAUAUACCUUCUGCGGAUUGCUGCUGCCACCAGCGUAGGGUGGGGGGAGCAGUCAGCCUGGACGUCUCAUCGCACUCCAAAGGCGUCUAGUUCUCGAGUUCCCCUGGCUCCUGAGCUGUAUCUGGAUCCUUURAACUGCACCACGAUUUCAGCACGCUGGCAGCUGACUCCUAGAAACUCAGCCAGAGUUCUGGGCUACAGACUUUUUUACCACGAAGAAAGCCAGCCGGAGAGCACCCCUCUUCAGCUGCAUGCCUACACUCAUACGUACAUCAUUGAAGGCCUUGACCCAAGAAAGAAGUACCAUGUCAAGCUUCUGGCUUAUAAUAUUGUUGGAGAAGGGUACCAAGCAGACCAGACCAUUAGCACCCCCGGAUGUGUCUCUGUCCGAGAUCGCCUGGUGCCGCCUCCACCUCCGCCAAACAACGUGCAGGCCCAGACCAACAGCUCCAGCACCAUGUUUCUACAGUGGGGCCGACCGGCCUUCACCUCCAGCAAUGUGGUCAACUACACCGUUCGAUGCAACCCUGUCGGCCUGCAGAACGCUUCGCUAGUGCUCUACCUGCAGACGAGCAAGCAGAGCCUCUUUGUGCAAGAUCUGGAGCCCAACACUAAAUAUGAAUUUGCUGUUCGCCUCCACACUGACCAGCUCUCCAGCCCAUGGAGCCCUGUGGUUUAUCAGACUACCUUCCCUGAAGCCCCAACCAGACCUCCGUCCAACAUCAAGGUGACUCUGAUCGAGGCGGACACUGCACUUGUUUCGUGGAAACUCCCGGAUGAACCGAACGUUGCUGUAACGCGCUACACGAUCCUGUAUGCAUCUAGAAACGCCUGGAUUGCUGGGAAAUGGAAAGUGCUGCAAAGAGACGGGAGCAUCACCAUGGCGCUGUUGGAGAACCUGAGCCCCGGUCAGGUUUAUGUGGUGAAAGUUUCUGCAUCCAACAACAUGGGCGAUGGACCGUUUUCCGACACGGUGGAGCUGACGGUCCGAUCAGAUCUCUCCUCUAGUAAAAAUGUCGGGCUCUCUCACACUUCCACACACGCUACAGGUCGAAAUCAACGUCAUGGCUUUUCUGAUGGUUUCUACCAACUGGACCAGACGUCAAUGACGGGUAUCACUGUGGGAGUCUGCAUCGCACUCAUCUGCAUCAUCAUCUGCGCUUUCAUCAUUGUCUGCAGAGGCAAAAACAGGAAACUUUCAGCUGUUAAAAGCUAUAGAGAAGAGAUGAGAACGUCCGCUGCAGCUUCGAUUCAUCAAGGAUCUGAGGAACAAGCCCAGAACACUGAGAUGACCAUGCCGAUGAUGAGUCAGAGGCAUUUCAUUGAUGCCAAGGGUGGAACAAACCUCAUCAUCAAUUCUCUGGGCCCCAUUCAGCCUACAACAGAGAAGAAGAAACAGAAAUGGUCUGUCUUUAGAUGUGAUGUGAAAAAGGACAGUGAGAUUGUGCAGGAUUUUGAGCACGGCACGAUUUCCUACCAACCAGGAACCACGGUGUUGACCUACGAACAAGAGCUGUCGGCGUCUCCAAACCAGCUCAUCCCGCUGCAGGACCUGCUUCAAAGUCCCGGAGACGGCGAGGGAUCGUCCAGCAGCGAGGGCAGCCACGAAACCGGCGACUCGGGUCGAUACUCUCACGACGAGACGGAGCUGACCAACCUGUCCUCCGGUCCCAACAGCCGCCCGCCGACUCCGACGGCAGAGGACAGAGGAGACGCCGGCGGUUCUGCUGUGGAGCCGAGCGGGCUGUCGGAGGAGGAGGAGAGUCACUCUGACCUGAAGGGAAAAAUGUCUGUUGAUUCUGGCUGCAGUCAUCAGGAAGCACAGAGUUCUCAGUCUGCACUUUGUGUGUAGACAUGUCCGUGAGUGUGUGUGUGUGUGUGUGUGUGUGUGUGUGUGUGUGUGUGUGUGUGUG